UAAGACAGCACCAAAAUCCUCUCAAACAAAUAAGAAAUCAGAUAUAGAUAUCCUCCUAAACUCAUAGAUAAGAAGAUACUUCCUGUACUCUUUAUAAAACAACCCCAAACGUGUUUACUUCCCUUCAUCCCUACAACCAAACAUCAAUCCCCACUACAUUUUCUCAUACUCUUUAACAAUGGCUUCCUCCACCAUGGCUCUCUCCUCUCCUUCCUUAGCCGGUAAGGCCGUAAAGCUGGGCCCCACCGCCUCUGAAAUCCUGGGUGAAGGAAGGAUCACCAUGAGGAAAACUGCAGGAAAGCCCAAACAAGUUUCAUCGGGUAGCCCAUGGUACGGCCCGGACCGUGUUAAGUACUUAGGCCCAUUCUCCGGUGAGCCACCAAGCUACCUUACAGGUGAGUUCCCCGGUGACUAUGGUUGGGACACUGCUGGACUGUCAGCUGACCCUGAAACCUUUGCUAAGAACCGUGAGCUGGAAGUGAUCCAUUGCAGAUGGGCUAUGCUGGGUGCUUUGGGCUGUGUUUUCCCGGAAUUGUUGGCCCGAAACGGUGUUAAGUUCGGUGAAGCCGUUUGGUUCAAGGCAGGAUCACAAAUCUUUAGUGAAGGUGGGCUUGAUUACUUGGGUAACCCAAGCUUGAUCCAUGCCCAAAGUAUCCUUGCAAUAUGGGCUUGUCAAGUAAUCUUGAUGGGUGCAGUGGAAGGUUACCGUAUUGCUGGUGGCCCACUUGGGGAGGUGGUUGACCCACUAUACCCAGGUGGUAGCUUUGACCCGUUGGGCUUAGCUGAUGACCCGGAUGCUUUUGCUGAGUUGAAAGUGAAGGAGAUUAAGAAUGGUAGGUUGGCUAUGUUCUCCAUGUUUGGAUUUUUUGUUCAAGCUAUUGUUACAGGAAAGGGUCCAUUGGAGAACCUUGCUGACCAUCUUGCUGACCCGGUUAACAACAAUGCUUGGGCCUAUGCUACCAACUUUGUACCCGGAAAGUGAUCAAAUGGUUAAUAGGAAUUUAGGAUGGAGAAAAAUGGUUAUGUUAGUGUAUUGGAUUUGUUGUGGUUCAUUGUACAUGUGUUUGCUCCAAUUCAAUACAAGACUUGAUUUUGUGUGCUAA